AUGGGACGUCAGCCCCACGAUGGCAUGAUGGCGCGCAUCACGGACGAUGGAGCUGUCUCACAGGAAUUCGCAGUGAUUAACGCAGUGAAGCAGGGCUGCGUCCUCGCGCCUACCCACUUCAGUCUCAUGUUCUCUGUCAUGCUGGUGGAUACCUACCGUUACGAACUUCCUGGGAUCCGCAUCGCCUACAGGACGGACGGCCACCUCCUCAAUCAGCGACCGAUGCACUUCCAGUCUCGUAUAUCCACAAACACCGUCCACGAACUUCUGUCCGUCAAUGGAUGCGCCCUCAAUGCAACUAAUAAAGGAGGCAUGCAAAGAAGCAUGGAUCUCUUUUCCGCCGCCUGCGAAAACUUCGGUCUGAUCAUCAACACGGCAAAGACAGUGAUAAUGCGCCAACCACUACCCGACGCUGCCUACGUUGCGGUCCAACUGCAGGCGGUGGAUAACUUCACGUAUCUGGCAGCAUCCUCUCCCGCAGCACCAAAGUCGACGAUGAAGUGGCCUGCCGGAUUUUUUAAGCCGGUCAGGUCUUCGGUCGUCUUAGAAACGUAGUUUGGAAUCGUCAUGGUCUUCAACUCAGCACGAAACUGAUGAUGUGCAAAGCCGCUAUCCUAGCGACACUGCUGUAUGCAGCGGAGACCUGGAUGGUGUAUAUGAAUCAGGCACGAAAAGUCGACUACUCCCACCUCAGUUGCCUUCGUCGAAUGCUGAAGUUGUGGUGGAAGAAGCAGAUCGUCAACACGGAUGUACUGGAAAGGACGGGAAUCCUCAGCAGUAACAUUAAGCUGAGACAACUGCAACUGCGUUGGGGCGGUCAUAUCGUACGUAUGGACGACGAGAGCCUACCCAAAGGACUCUUCUAUGGAGAUUUUGUGACGGGUUCACACCGACAAGGUGAAUAAGUCCGGGGCUACAAGGAUGCUUCGAAAACCUCCUUAAAGCGCCUGCAGAUCAACCAGACAAACUGCGAUGACCUCGUCGGGUACUGACCUUCGUGGACGUGAACAGUGAAGACGGGCGCAGCAAUCUUCGAAGCCAACCACAUCACCGCCGCUCAAGCCAAACGCGAGACACGUAAAUCUCAGCUGCCACCGCCGCCGCUUCACAACUCCAACUUCUAACCGCCUCCAACGUGUCCACGAUGUUAACAGACAUUCCGGGCGACAUCUGGACUUGUUAGAUCACCUGCAGCACCCGUGCUGUGCCAACAGUCGCCUCUCCGUCCACCUCUCCCUCGUCACUCACGCCCUCAUCUACUGCUGACCGCUCUUUCGAACCACCACUUCCAUCUUUCUCCUCCUCCUCCUCCUCCUCCUCCUCCUCCUCCUCCUCCUCCUCCUCCUGCACUGCCUAA